GUGGCGUCGUCACCUCCUCUCAGUCUUGUCUCUGCUAGAGUGGGUCUGCAGUUUAGGAGUAGCGGCUUUUACUGUCAUUCUUUGGGAGCUACAAAUUAUAUUUCAAAAUGCCUGGUCCUGCAGCGAGUGCUACCAACGUGGGCGCGUCGAGCCGGUCACCCAGCAAAGCAGUGGCCCCCCGGGCUGCAGGCUCCACAGUCAGACAGAGGAAAGCUACCAGCAGCAGCACUCGGAGUGGAGGGCGAUCGGCCGCAUCAACAGGCACAGGCGGAAUGUGGCGUUUCUACACAGAGGACUCCCCAGGCCUGAAAGUUGGUCCUGUUCCUGUCCUGGUGAUGAGUCUGCUCUUCAUUGCCUCCGUCUUCAUGCUGCACAUCUGGGGGAAAUACACCCGCUCAUAACACUAUCAAAACUCCCCCACUAGCUUUUACUCAACUUAAAACAUCAGACCUGGACCAAAAACUGCUCCCGCAAAUAUAGAUGAUUUUCCGAGUGACUGGAUCACCCCACUCUGUUCGAGAGCUUGCCAGCGGAUGGAAUGCGCCAACACCACAUUCAUCUUUUGGGUUGAUCUGACGUGUUUUUUUUUUUUUUUU